CUUCUGUGUAUACUUUUGAGGUUUCAACGAGGUUUCAAACGUCCACAAGGGGUUUAAAAGAGGCAAGGGGCUUCUUUUCGAAUUUCCAUUUGGAAAAUAAUUAUGACCGAAGAGGACAAAAACCCUUUGGCCAAGGGAGAAAACAAAACGGGGCAAAAAUUGGACGAAACCAGGCUGAGGUACGAAGGCGAAAAGUGUUUUUACACAGAUCCCAAUACGGGUGCGGAGCUCGAGUGGAAAGCCGACAAACAGGCCUGGGUCUCGAAGGACGGCUCGAAGCCUUCGGACAACGACUACAUCUACGAAGAUGGCACAUACUGUUACACAGACAAGUCCACAGGUGUGAAAUACAAAUGGAACACUGAGGAAAACAAGUGGGACUUAUGUGAAAGCGUUAAGAUCAGAGUGGAUGAAGAGGAAGAAGAGGAGGAGGAUGAUGAUGGCGAGACGAGGAUCAAAAAGAAAACAGUCGUAAGGCAAGAUAUGUCAAAAGGGAUUUAUGGAUUUGAAGGCGACACUCAUAUUUAUACCGAUCCAAAUGAUGGCACUGUAUAUUUAUGGGACAGGGAAAAAAAUGCAUGGUUCCCUAAGAUUGAUGACGACUUUUUGGCUCAUUAUCAAAUGAGUUAUGGAGUUACAAACCCAGAAAAGAAAGACCUAAAUGAGGGGGUUCAGGAGGUGAAAUCUCAGCUCGCAGGUGAGGACGAAAUUAAAAAACCUUUAGAAGAAGCCACAGACCCUAAUUUAAAAAGGAAAGCUCAAGAACCGACCUGGUUUGAAGUCGAUGAUGAGAACAACACGAAGGUCUACGUAAGUAACCUGCCGGCUGAGUUCACUGAAACGGAAUUUGUCGAUUUGAUGCAGAAAUGCGGGCUCGUUAUGAAAGAUGUCGACACCGGAAACAUGAAAGUCAAACUGUACACAGAACCUGGUACAAACAUUUUAAAAGGGGAUGCACUCUGCACAUACAUCAAGGUUGAGUCUGUAGCAUUGGCAUUGAACCUUCUCGAUGGAUACGAAUUCAAAGGGAAAAAGAUCAAGGUGGAAAGAGCGAGAUUCACGAUGAAAGGGGAUGCAUACGAUCCAUCGUUAAAACCGAAGAAGAGAAGAAGGAAGGAAAAGGACAAAAUAAAGAAAAUGCAAGAAAAGUUAUUUGACUGGAGGCCUGAAAAAAUGAGAGGAGAACGUUCAAAGCACGAACGUAUUGUUAUAGUCAAAAACCUUUUCGACCCGGCUAUUUUCGAUGAAGACGUUGGGCUCAUUCUCGAAUACCAGCAGGACCUUAGGGAGGAAUGCAUUAAGUGUGGAGACGUCAGAAAAAUUGUUUUAUAUGAUAAACACCCGGAAGGUGUGGCGCAGAUCAAUUUCAAAGAGGCCGAAGCCGCAGACGCUUGCGUCCAAUUGCUUAACGGCAGAUGGUUUGGGAAAAGGCAGAUCGUUGCUGAAACCUGGGAUGGCAAAACAAAAUACAAGAUUGCAGAGACAGAAGCAGAAAUCAAUAAUAGGUUAAAGAAAUGGGAAAACUUUUUAGAAAAAGAAGAUAAAAAGCAAGAUAAGAGGGAGGAAAAUAAGGUCAAGGAUGAACUGGCGCAAGAGACAAAGGACGGCGAUUCAGAUGACACGAGAAGCAGUGCAGGAAGUGGUGAUGAAACAGAAUAGACUAGCCUAGAAAUCAUGUAUUUCACGCCUAUUGUAAAUAAAUAAACAAUAAUUAAAAAUCA